AUGGGUUAUCACGAAGACCCCGAGUCAAAGGCCGCUGAGGCUCCCAACGUCUCUGAUACAUCACCCGGCGUCCUAAUCGAUCACAACUCCGUCGACAGAGAAUAUGGACGAACCGUCCGAGGUCUCUCCCCUCGCCAUGUUCAGCUCAUGGCCAUCGGUGGCUCCAUCGGUACCGGUCUCUUCGUCGGUAUCGGCAAUGUUCUCUCUGCCGCUGGUCCUCUCUCCGUCGUCCUUGGAUACCUGAUCUGGGGUGUCUUCUUCGUCUGGCCCUGCAACCUUGUCGUUGCAGAGAUGUGUGCUUAUCUUCCUAUCCGUGGUUCUAUCUUUGAGCUUGCUGCCCGUUUCGUCGAUCCCGCCCUCGGAUUUGCCAUGGGAUGGACAUAUUUCUACGCUGGUCUUAUGCUUGUUUGUGUUGAAUAUAGUGCUGUUGCGACUCUCAUGCAAUAUUGGGUUCCUGAUAUCAACCCUGCAGCUUGGGUUGCGAUGGCAAUGGUCAUCUGUGUUAUGCUCAAUGUUGUUGCUGUCAAGUACUAUGGUGAGGCUGAGUUCAUCAUGGCUUCGCUCAAGGUCAUCCUCCUUUUCGGUCUCCUCUUUAUUACACUCGUCACUAUGUGUGGUGGAAACCCCAAGGGCGACGCCUACGGAUUCCGUUACUGGAAGGGCGGCAAGGCUAUGCGACCUUACCACGCAGAGGGAGACCUUGGUCGCUUCUGCGGUUGGUGGAAAGUCGUCUUAUACGCUGGUUUCACCAUUGCAGGUCCUGAUAUGAUCUCCCUCUCCUCUGGUGAGAUCGCGAACCCUCGACGAACCAUUCCCCGAGUCGCCAAGCUCAUCUUCUACCGCCUUGUCGGUUUCUAUGUUCUUGGUGUCUUGGCUGUUGGUAUCAUCUGCAGCUCCGACGACAAGCGUCUGCUUGGUGCUAUUGAGAACAGCGCUGCUGGUGCUGCUGCUUCUCCCUGGGUUAUUGGCAUUGAGAACCUAGGUAUCCACGGUCUUCCUAGCUUGAUCAAUUUCCUCAUCCUUACAUCCGGUCUAUCAUGUGGAAACGCCUACCUGUAUUCUUCGUCUCGAACCCUCUACGGUCUUGCUCGCGAUGGACAGGCUCCUGCAUUCCUCAUGAAGUGCAACAAGGCCGGUGUCCCCAUGUACUGUGUCCUCACUGUCAGCUUCAUCAGCUGCAUCACCUUCCUCGUCGCUGGCGAGUCCUCCGUCACCGUCUUCUUCUGGUUCGUCGACCUCACCACCACCGGUCUCAUCGCCACCUACACCAUGAUGAUUGUCGUCUUCAUCGGCUGGUACCGCGCCCGCAAGGCACAAGGCCUCGACAACUCCGCACUGCACUACGUGGCCCCCUUCAAUCCCUGGUCUGCCUACCUCGGUCUGUUCCUGGGCACCAUUGCGCUCGUCUUCAUCGGUUUCGACAAGUUCCAGCCCUGGAGCACUCAAGGAUUCAUCACCGGCUAUUUCUGCCACGCCUAUGCUAUUAUCCUGUUUGUUGUCUGGAAGGUCUUGAAGAAGACAAAGUUUGUCAACCCAGCGACUGCGGAUCUCGUUAGUGGCAAGAAGGAGGUUGAUGAGGAGUGUAAGCACUGGGAAGAGGGUGGCAUCGAGGAGAACUAUAGCCGGGAAUUGGCUGCCAUGCCUUUCUGGAAGAGGUGCUGGGAACGUCUUUGGUAA